AUGCCCGGUUCGUGCGAAGUCUGUUCCUCGGAGCCGUCCAAGUAUCGGUGUCCGAUAUGCAUGGUGAUGAGCUGCUCUCUCGUGUGCACUCAGGCACAUAAGAUCUACUGCGCUCCCAAGCCACAAGCACCGAGCGAGCCGGCCGAAUCAUCUACACCUGGCCAUGUCGAGCGUCCUAUGGAAAAUGGGGUUUUCAACCACGACUCGACAGCUUGCGCUGAGCCUCAGGAGAAGAAUUUAGCUCCUUCAUCUAUAUCCGCCUCGCCAGAGAUAACAGAGCUUCUCCGCCGUCACCCCCUGCUUCGCGACCAACUACAUGACAUGUAUCGAUCGACCUUGGAAGACGAAUGGAUAGAAUGGUACACACCUCCCACGAGGGGCCGUUUCAAUGGACGAGGAGGCAAAGCCCCCUCGCGUCGGAGUCGUGGUCCAUGGACUGCCGAGAAGGGGUUCAAUCGUGGCCUAGGCAGAGUGCGGAAGUUCAGACAGGAUUGCGAAGAAGGGAACGAGACGGGGGCCGGUGCAGAGGCCUUUUUGCAGUUUUUGAAUCUGGUACAGAACAACCAGCAAGACCAACCGGGCCAAGCAGGUGGCUCGGUCUAG